AUGAGUGACCCGAUGGAAUUCUACCCUUCUGCAUCCUCAUCGACCUCGAGGCGUUCAACAAGGUCCUCUUCGAAACGUUCUUAUUCUUCAUCACAUCGACGAUCGGUUUCUCCAGAUCGUUCUUGGGACCAUCGUCGUAGGCGUAGUCCUUCUCCACAACCACACCCACCACCACCACCACCAAGCUACAUGCCGUCUUCUUCUUCCGAUAUGCGUGCCUAUGAUCCUUAUUAUGAUGUACCUCGAAAGCGAGCACGAACAAAAGAUUAUCCUCCACCCUCACCCGAACCAAAGCCUACCCAUAUGCUGGAUAUCUAUCACCCCUCUGUGCUCGGCAGCAAAGUGAUGGUGCGCACGCUACCCGAUAUCAAAGGCACGCAGCUGAAUACACGCGUUUCUCCACAUCCUGAAAUAUCCCAGGCGAUAUUUGAGACAUUGGCUGAAAAUAAGAGAGCACGUUUGGUGCAGUAUUACAUGUCAAAUGUCCGUGACCCUGAUGUAGAUCAUGUGAUUUGGACAUCCGUCUCGGUGCGUGCUCUUAAUCCAAAGGACAAAGUGGAAGCCUUUUAUUUCGGUGCCUAUGCAUGUUGUUGGGAAAAACCUGUCGAUCGUCGUGGUCUUGCUGCAGCAUUUCAAGGAGUGGCAAAGACAAACAUCUUCGCAGAGUAUUCGGCUGCGCUUGCUGCGCUCCAAGCAUGUCCACCUGGUGAUAGCGUACUUAUCAAAACAAGCAGUGGUCCUAUUGCACAUGGUCUAUUGAAAGGAACAUUUCCACAAAGCGACUCUAAUGGACCUCGACCCCCUCAUGUCAAUAUAAGAGAUGCCUUUAUGCAGCUUGUUGAACAACGACGUGGCAGAGUGUAUAUUCGGGUUGUUCCCUCCAAGUCAAUGAUUCCAGUGGGCGCCAAAGUGGUCAGAAUGGCAGAAAAAGCAAGAAGAGAUUACGAGGCUUCAGUACUUCCAGAAUCAGAAUUACCUUUGAAUGCAAUGGCAAAGCGUCAAUCACCUCCUGCACCCACACCAUCCCAUAUUCAAGAUACCAUCCACCGUGGAGCACAUCAACAUCAUCAUGCGUCUACUACUUCUAUUACUACUACUGCUGCUACUACUACUGCUACUAUGGAUAGGUCGAGGGUACGAUCACCACCACCACCACCACCAUCACAGCAACCACUCACAUCACCCACGAUGCCACAACAUUAUCGGUGGAAUGAUGUUGACAAUUAUCGACCCUCGUCUCCUCAAGCUCGUUCUCCCGUUGAAAGUCAUCGAUCACGAUUAGAUCAUUCAACAUCACCAGUACGAGCAAGAGACCCACGUAUUCGUAGGAUGGAAGAAAAUAUGCAAAUGCAACAACAACAACAGCAGCAACGGAUGGAAUACCACUACCAUCAUCACCACCAUCCUCCUCGCAUUCCCAUGGCAGCAGCGUCAUCUGCAAAUCUUGGCGGCAGUGGUGGUGGUGAUAGUUCCCUAAGGGAACAACGACAACGCCGCCCUCUUUACAAUGACGCCUUUUCCAUGUCGGAUAAUGUGGACAACACGAGCAGUAGUAGUAGUAGUAGCGGUGGCACCAACAACCGUAGCCAAAUGGCUAGGAAGUUGGAUGUUACUGCUGACAGUGAUGAUGAUGAGGAUGAGGUCUUUUAUGAUGCAAAGGAUUAUUUGGAGGAUUAUGAUGAUGAAGCAUUGGAAGAUGGUAAAGACGUGUCUCCUCCUCGCCGAAUGGCUCAAGCGGCGAUAGCUGCCAAGGGAUCCAUCUCUGCGUGGGUCAAUACAAUGUUUGACAAGUAUCAUAUCCAAUAG